AUGGAGGAGUGGCUCAAGCAAAACAUUUAUACAUCAGACCUUUAUAGGUGGCAUGCUCACACGACAGCUGGUUUUAUCAAAGAAGGCAACCGGUUUUCAAUUCUGGUACUUCACAAUGCUGCGAAUCCGUUUGAGUGGUAUCCCCCGGCAGAAACCACGACGAGCAUCGGGUAUUACGGUCGCUUUGCACAUACACACGACGAGAUUCACUGGACGACGAUUUCACCCAACAUACAGGGGUUCUUUCAACAUUGUGUGGAUAUGAGAUUGAGGCAAAGGUGGGACUGCGACAUGCCCAAGGCUAGCGAGAAGCGCUUUCACCGAGCGUACUGGCUUGCUGCCAACAUGCAACCUCUAAAGGGCCUGCUUAAUCGGUGUACGGUACAUGAGAAACCGCACGAUGCGGUUGAAGAGGGCGAGGAGGAUGGGGGAUUUGAAGUAGGCGUGGGGGAUUUGCAGUGUAGCUGGGUGGACGGCCAGCCCUCAGCAGAGGAGUGCGAGGAGGCGUGGCAAUGCAUUCUGGACGACAUUGAGGGCAAGGAUAUGGCUGCACUGGAAUCCGACCAUGUCGCGGUUGGUGGCUCGGAACGCAGGUACCUCACGUAG